AGCAACGCCAAUGUUCUUGCAUUUGGUUAGUCUAGUUUCUCCCGUACUGCAACUUUACCACAUAGUUUAGUGCCUGCUUGACUUUAAAAGUCCUUCUUGAUACACGAAACCUCCGACAUCCAUCUUCGCCAUUAAGACACCAGUGAGAACAGAGGUUGAAGACAUGGCUUGGACAGCUACUUUUCUCCUUAAAGUUUUUGAAAGCUUCUUUUACAUUCUCUCCUGGCCUUCGUUUACUCUCGUCUGUCCCUUGUAUGCUUCAUUUUUGGCGGUGAAGAGUGAUUCCUGCUCCAAGAAUCAGCAAUGCCUUACUUUCUGGGUUUUAUUUGCUCUUUUUACAAUAUUGGAGCAGGCACUUUCCAAGCUUUUAUUAUGGCUUCCAUUCUGGCCCUAUGUGAAAGGUGUAGCAACUGUCUUGCUAGUGAUACCUUAUUUUGGUGGUGCUUCUUAUAUUUACAUGUACUUUGUGAGACCUUAUUUAUCUGAGAACUCAAUGAAAUGGAUCAACUUAUCCCUGCCGAGGAAUAAUUGUUUCCCAUCAUCGAUGCAUAACGACUUUGUUGACGUGGCUGACACAGACAUGACCGGGGAUGGGCAUGAAGAAUUGGAAAAAUCCGUUUUCCAGCAGAUAUUCGAGCCCAAUCAUGACAUUGUGGAGGAGGAAAUUGCUGGGCCAACAAGUCCAAAGAAAGUUCAAAAGGAGUGGAGCUGUGCUCUUUGUCUGUUCAGCACUUCCAGUGAAAUUCUUUUGAAGAAACACUUUCAAGGGAAGGAACACGAGACUAAUGAAGAAAAUCUACGUGCAGAAGAACUGGCGAGGGACACUUCCAAGUCUCUUCUUACAGCAAAGAGAAAACCUAGGAUGGUUUUUCUUGGGAACCUGGCCAAUCUUGAAACAUGGAGCGACCUCCUAGGCCCUGUUGCUAGAUCAAUUAGAUGGUGUCAAUGGAAAAGGCCAGAUUUUGGAUGGAUUAAAUUAAAUACCGAUGGAUCCAUAGAUAGUGAGAAUGCUGGUAUUGGUGGCUUGUUCCGUGAUUACAAGGGUAACGCAAUAUGCGGUUUUGUAUCUAAAGCUUCUGGACAUGAUAUAUUCUUGGUUGAAUUGUGGGCUAUAUGGAGAGGUCUAGUUCUUGCCUUGAAUCUGCGCAUUCAAGUAGUUUGGGUUGAGUCUGAUUCACUGAGUGUUGUGAAUACCAUUAACAGGCAGCAGCCUUACAGUGGGAAGGCUGAUGCUUGCUUGAAGCAGAUCUGGCUUCUUUUAAAGAAGUUCAAGAAGUACAAGGUUUCUCACUCAUGGCGAGAAACUAAUAGAGCAGCUGAUUAUCUUGCAAAGAUGGUUGUUGAGAGAGAUGUAGUUUUGUGGCCUGCUGAUUUUCCUACUAGCCUUAACAACAUUAUCAAGGAUGAUGCCGAAGGAAUGGUAUAUUGUAGACGGUAACUUCAGACACCACCUGACAUUGUUCAUACAACUAGAAUAGAAGACGAUAUUACUCCAUAACAUAGGGUUGUGACUGUAAAUGCAGUAUUAUGGUUCUAAAGAGGCCAAGUAUAGGACAGCUGUGUAUUGUUAGGCCAAGGUUGAACAUGGUGGAUGUUGAAACAAGAAGCAGCGGUGACAUGAAGAGCAUCUAACACACAUAUAUCGUCAACUUGGAUCUGCUCUCUGUGCUGGGUUAGCAAUGAAACAGCGUUUUUUUCUUUUGUCCGGUGAUGUUCAUUUGGUAAUUGUACCCUAACAACCAGCAGGAUCAAUGACCUCUCAUCAUCAGGUCUCUGUAGGUCAUGAUAUUAAGACAAUUUCUAUUCUGAAAGGAAAUCUUGGUUUAUUCA